AUGUCUCUUCUUCGAUGUUUAGCAAAACAAUUAAAAGAAAUGGAAAAUGAUCCACCGCCAUUAUGUCAAGCGCGACCUGCUGCUCGACCCAUAGAUAUGUUUAAUUGGAAUGACUCGAUCCGUGGACCUAAAGGAUCACCCCCACCCCAGCCCACCCCUGGUGCCGCCACUAUUGAUUAUCCUUUUAAACCACCCCGCAUUCGUUUUACAACUCUUAUCUAUCAUCCAAAUAUUAGUACACAAGGUGAUAUUUGCUUAGAUAUUCUUCAUGAUAAAAGGUCACCUGCGUUAACAAUUCGAACUGCAUUACUUAGUUUAUGUUCGCUAUUGACUGAUCCCAAUCCUGAACAUGGUUUAGAUAAUGAAAUUCUCAAUGUUUAUCGUACAAAUAAAAAUUUUUCAUUUCAGCCGCCUCAGAUUCAGUUUACCGUAACUCUUUGUCAUCCAAAUAUUUGUACAACAGGAGAAAUCCGUUUGGAUGUUCUUCAUUCGCAAUGGUCUCCUAUAAUAACAAUACGUAAUCUUCUGAUAUGGUUAUGUUCGCUACUAACAGAUCCUAAUCCAGAACGUGGUCUCAACCAAGAAACUUUGAAUUUCUAUCGAACGAAUCAAGAUAAAUUUAGUCAGACAGCUAAAGAAUGCACAAAACAUUAUGCAAUAGAGAACAAAGUAUUUGAAUAA